AGCUUCUGUAGGAGUCUGUGUAGCAUUCUUUUGUAUCUUGGUGCUUCCUUCCCGUCGCCAGCCAUGUACCAGCAAUAUGCGAUGUUGCUGGACGAUCCGAAAAUCCGCUCCUCCAUGGUGUCCUUGGAGAGCACGAACCCGGAUUCGUUCAAUCGCAAGUGCAAGAUCAUUUGCACCAUGGGCCCAUGCUGCUGGGAAGUCGACAUGCUGAAAAAGCUGAUCGCCCAGGGCAUGAACAUUGCCCGCUUGAACUUUUCGCACGGCGACCAUGAGGGUCAUGGCCGAACGGUUCAAAGAGUGCGCGAGGCAUGCAAGUCUCUUCCCGACAAGCCGGUGGGAGUCCUGCUGGAUACCAAGGGUCCCGAGAUCCGCACUGGCUGGUUCAAGGAGGAACUGGCGGGGGGCAAGAUCGAUCUGAAGGAGGGCCAGGAGCUGAAGCUGGUCACGGAUUACGACUUCAAGGGCGACGAGACGACCCUGGCAGUCUCAUAUGCCACGCUCCCUACCGCAGUGAAGCCAGGUCAGAUCAUCCUGGCGGCCGAUGGCUCGUUGUCUUUGAAGGUGAAGAGCUGCGGCUCCGACCACGUCAUCACCGAGGUGAUGAACGACAUGCAGAUGGGGGAGAAGAAGAACAUGAAUCUGCCCGGUGUCAAAGUCGAGCUUCCCGUGCUGCAGGAGAAGGACAAGAAGGACUUGCUGGAGUUUGGGCUUCCUCAGGGUGUGGACUUCGUUGCGGCCAGCUUCGUGCAGGAUGCGAAGGACAUCAAGCUUAUCCGCGACACGCUUGGUGUUCGUGGGCGAAACAUCAAGAUUAUCUCGAAGAUUGAGAACCAGGAGGGCAUCAACAACAUCGACGAGAUCGUGGCAGAAACAGAUGGAGUGAUGGUCGCUCGUGGUGACAUGGGCAUGGAGAUCGAUAUCGAGAAAGUCGGACUCGUGCAGAAGAUGAUCAUUAGCAAGUGCAACCUUGCAUGCAAGUUCUCGGUGACGGCCACGCAGAUGCUGGACUCCAUGGAGCGGGCGCCCCGGCCCACGCGGGCCGAGGCCACGGAUGUCCUGAACGCCAUCCUGGAUGGCUCGGACGUGGUCAUGCUGUCCGGAGAAACCGCCAAUGGCAAGUUCCCCGAGCAAGCCGUCGCCACCAUGCGCCGAAUUUGCGAGCAGGCGGAGAAGGUCAUUGAUUACAAGUCCUUGUACUUGAAGAUCCGAAUGGCGACCAUCACCAUGCACAAGUCCAUGACACCUGUGGAGUCCGUGUGCUCCGCAGCUGUGAAGACUGUGGUGGACUCUGGAUGCAAGCUGAUUGUUGCCCUCACAGAGACGGGCGCUACAGCAAAGCUGAUUUCGAAGUAUCGGCCGCUUUGCCCGAUCCUGGCCAUCACCGCGAGCCCCAACACUCAGCGCCACCUCCUGGCCAAUCGGGGCGUGAUCCCCAUCCUCACGGCCACCUUUUUGGGCACAGACUCGGUGAUCACAAAAGCCAUCAACAAAGCAAAGGAGACCGGCGUCGUCAAGACCGGAGACAGCGUUGUGGCAGUGCACGGUCAGAAGGAAGGAUUCCCUGGCCAGUCCAAUCUCUUGAAGGUUGUGGUUGUUCAAUGAGGGCGCACCUUGGGCGCUUGAAACCGAAAUGCGGGGGCUUUGCUCCUGACCGUGCCCGUCGCCCGACUCCUCGCGCUCGCGAUGUUUUUUCCACUUUCGAUCUCGAGAGUUGUGAAGCCCUGCCGGCUUAGCGCCUGCAUGGUGUAGACUCUGGAGGUGAUCGCUCUUGGGCCUUGGAGCGCGGCAAAAUAUGUCAAGUGGGGCUCCUUUGGCGCCACAUGGCGUCACCGGGGCAAUUAAGAAGGUACGGUAUUCCCUAAGGAUCCUGGAGCUUGGUGUGGAGAAACCGGGGUUCCCCGUGCCACGCCCCAAGAAGUUUUAG